GGGAGGCUGAGAGGAAGAAAAAAGAGAGCGGACAGGAUGACAAACCAGUGUAGCAGGUUUGCGUCACUGUACGCAGUCCAUCAUGCAAAGCUGACGGAAAGAGAGAAGGGUUAGGAACUGAUGUCAUUACUGUCCACAUUACCUGAGUGUGCAGCACAAUGGCUUAGGAGACAAAGAGAAGUCACACUUUUGGAAGGCGAUGGCAAUGGGAGCUGCUCCCUGAAGUCAAGCAGGGAAACUGAAGAGUCCCCGGGACAGGAAAUCAAGAAGAGGAGCCAGAGAUCCAUCACUUCCAGACCACAAAGCAAAGAAUAUCUUAAUUUUGAACAUAUCGUUUCUGUUGUGCAACAAAUUACACGAAAGCAGUGUAAUUACUCAAAUGAAGUGCUUUCAGAGGGCAGGGUAAAGGAUAGUUGUUUGGAAUCUGUUAAAUAUCAACUUCUCUCUCCACUUUCCUUUUGGGAUCUGGCAUUUGACAGGAGGUCAUUAACUUUGUUUACUCUUGGACAAUGGACUUGUCCUUGUUCCCCGCUCCUCUGGGUGAGUACGACAAGCAGAGGACAGGCAAGCAAUUCACCGUCCGCUCAGCUAACUCCCCCUCAUACAGUCUCACUCGCAGGCCAGGUGUCAGGAAAAGGGAGACAGCUGAAGAUGUGGAAGAAAGAGAAAGACAAAUGACAGAUGCUGCCAUAAAUGCUGAAAACAAAGAGGAGAGAGACGCUGGAUACCAAGCCACAACUUGGAGCAGCUCUGUCAAAGAUGAGAGUAAGGAAAAGGAUGCAUCAGGUUAUCCAGUGCCAACAAACCAGAGCAGCAAAGCAGACAAAACCCCUCCAGAGUCUGGCGCUGAUGGAAGAGAAAAGACUGAAUUUGAAAGGCAGGGGAGGACUGAGGGGAAGAGAUACAACCUGCCAAGCAGAAGUAAGAGUUUAGACUGGAAAAUUGGAGCAAGAAGCUCUGUUCCAGGUAGCAGAGCUGACACCUCCAUAACGUCACCCAAAAUAGGAGGUGAUCUCAGUGAACAGCCUGGAGGUUUACUGGACGGGAAGAUGGGAACUGAGAUAGGCAUGAUGGGCGGGGCGGCAUUUUCUGUACAGGACUAUAAAUCUGCAGGUGCAACUUAUAGCCAACACAGGAUCUCAGUGAAUCCCACGAGCCCGAUUUCAAACACCAUCAACAGGGGCAAUUCUCUCCCUUACAGAUUUAGGUCUCAGUCCGGACCUUCCUCAAAGUUCCCGGAGAGUUCUAAUGGGCCCAAAGGCGGCGAGAGUAUACAAGAGCGAAUAGAAAAGCUCCUUGGGUCAGCUAGUGAGAAGUCAGCAAGCUUUCCCAGGCGGUUUUCAGGAGGAGAGAACAAAUGUCCAUUGCAAAGCAGGAUGGCAGUAAUUUGUACUCAAAAAGACACCAACACCUUUGGGUGUGAGGGUUCACUUCCUCCAGACACAAAUACAGCCAAAGAGAAAUCAGCAACUGGACAGAGACAAUCACAGUUCCACAGCAGAUAUUCAGAUGAAGUUAAGUGGGGGAAAUGGACCAUAGAAUCAGGCACGAAGUCCCUGGACAGGGCCAGAAGUAAGAACACGAAAGCAGCUCAGAUCAGAUCAAUCAGGACUGCUGGGGAGAUUACUGACACUACAAAGCCAAGCAGUUUCUUAGAGAUAUUCAAAGAUUCAUCUGAAUUCAGUGAAAAAAGCCUGAAGGUAGGCAAUGAAGACCGCAGACCACAAUUUCAAGAUGAAAAAACCAAUGAGAUGUUGAGUGAAAAAAGUGGAAGACUUUCUGCACAGGAAAAAGAGAAAGAGAAGAAUGAAAGAGCAAAAGAACAAACUGUACAGAAGACUGGUUCUGUUGAUGAGGAUGUGUUUGAGACAAAUCCACAGAAGAGUACACUGAAUACAGUAGAGACAAAGAAGAUGCUGUUGGUUCCUUCUGUGGAGAGCGUGAGAAAGAAGAUCAGUCAGUUCGAGGCUCUGACACAGCGAGCAGCAGGGCAAGUCCCACUGCCCAGACGGACCUUUUCUGUGCCAACACCGUUUAGGAAAGGCUUUCAAGGGAUAAAGAAGAGCGGCUCAGCAAAAGAAAUAAGUGGACGAAGUGAUAUAGAGGAGGGACUGAAAGAAGCGGGCGAGAAAGAGAAAGCAAUGGGAGGAGGAAAGAAGUUUGCAUCAGAGAGGUCUUUAUCAGUGGACGAGGUUGGACUAAGACGAGGGAAGAUGGAGACGGGAGGAAACUGUUUGCUUGAUGAGACCAACUUCUCUGAGGAUUUCUGUAAAAAUUCCAGACUCAAAGAAAAACUGCAUAUCCCUCUAAAUGAAGGAGGUCAAAGACAAAGCAGGAAAACAUACUUAGAUGAGACAGAUUUCUCCAAAGUCUUCCAUGUGCAGCUAAACCCACACUGUGAAGCAACUUCUCCAGGUAGUGAUGACGACAAGAUUCCAACAAACCUCCCGGACAACUCGCCUUUUAUUUCACCUUCACCACAAACAGAAAAUGAUGGUUGCAUUGCAGAAAAGAAGAAGACACGUGACCUCACAAAUGCAGACGAAUCUGAAGGUUCAGCCGCUCCUCCUCUCCCUCUUACUCUUCACAACUCCUCCUACAGCGACCUCUCUGGCCUGCACUAUUCAGAUGUCAAAACAGUUGGCCCAAAGGGGAAGAAAUUUAAGUUUGACCCAUCUGCGUGGCUAGCUGGCUUGAACCCAGACUACAAGGUUUUCGAUGAUGAUGAAGAUGAUUAUGAGGAUGAUGAUGAAAGCACACAGGUGGAUGAAGAUUCGAACUAUGACUCAGACUCUGGGGAGUCAUCGGGGACCAUCACCAGCAAUAUGAGCCAGUCAGAUCGCAGGAGCUUUUCUGUCAGUCUUUCUGAGCUGUGGAACUUUGCUGGACCUGACUCUGACCUGGAUGAGGACAAUGACGUGUGGCAGUCAACAACCCGGCGAUCUGUCUCAAUGUGCUCAGAUAUCUCAGAUGUCUCAGUCUUCUCCUGUGUGUCCAUGCUUCCCACUGAAGAACUUGACAAGCUGCUGCAGGAUGUGAGGAAACUGGGGGACGACGCCUUGCAGGACACUGAUGGUGUGCAGGUGGUGGUUCUCCACAAGGAGGUAGGGGUAGGACUCGGCUUCAGUCUGGCAGGAGGCGUGGACCAAAAUAAGCCUAUAACCGUUCACAGAGUGUUCCACUCAGGCGUUGCUGCCCACGAGGGCUCCAUAAGGGAGGGAGACCAGGUUUUGUCAAUCAACGGCACCGCACUGAGUGGAAGUCCCCACUUGGAGGUUCUAAGGGUUCUAAAGAAGGCCAAGGCUAAAAACCCGGGAGUAGUGGUCUUGAGAAGAGGUGAUGUCAGCAGUCCCUUAAAUAAGGGUGUACAAGAAUGUAAUGAGGAAGCAACACAAGCUCAAUAUGAGACAGGUCAGCGUGUGCAACUGCAGAAGAAAGGCCGGGAUCUCGGCUUCAGCCUGCAGGGAGGUGUCGACUCCAGCGAGGGGAACAGACCUCUCACCGUAAAGAAGAUUUUUCAGGGAGGUCCCUUUGACAAAGUAUGUCCUGGUGAUGAAGUUAUAGAAAUUGAAGGCAUGAGCAUGGUGGGGAUGAGACGUCUUGAUGCCUGGUCAUUCAUCAAGAAACUUCCACCUGGUCCUGUGGAGAUGGUGCUACGUCGCCCCCUGAAACAUGUGCCAUCAUGAGGACUGUAGAGGUCAUUUAUCCUCUGUACAAUGAGGGUAUGCCAAUGAGCCAGAAAUUAAAAGCCGUCCUUAAGAAACAGCAUCACCUGCUGGGAUAAAUUUGAACUGCAUGACAACAGCUAAUAAGUAGUCAUUAUGACAACAGGCGCUUGAAACCAGGUCAAAAAAAUAUUUCUCACUUGCUCUGCUUGUAUGAUCUACCUCAAAGGCGUGCCAUGUAGGUAUUCGCCAUCAUUAAGUCAUAUUCAUUUGAAACAGAAUUAUUUUUCAUUACAUUUAGCAGAUCCUUGCAAAGCGACUUACAACAGAGGAAUAGGAUCAAGCCACAGUAACAAAGUAGAUCACAAAGUGUGUGGACCAAGUCAACAUUCAUAUGAGUGCAGCUAAGACAACAUUCAAGCUCAGUUUGGGAUGUAAAACUGCACUUUUUUUUGGAUAACAGUUUGUAUUAUCUGAAGUUGUAAUUUAGCACUUGUAAAUAAAAAAUAUAUUGUCAUAGA